UGCCUUGCGCGCCCCCGCGGUGUCAUGUGACCGAUUGUUUUUAGAGCCCUAGCGGCUGGAUCCCGGAAGUGGUGGAGUGCGGAGAGUGAGACGAGUCGGCUGUCAGAGCUCCGAGCUGUGCGGGCUGCCAUGUGGCGGCGGCCCCCUGCCUGGUGGAGUGCUCUGCGGCUGAAGAUCCGCCGGGAUGAGCAGCCGCCUUACCUGAGCGAUGACACGGGCUUCGACUACCCGGACGGAGCGGAGGAGGGGGCGGACAGAGAGCUGCCCCCCUCUAUCAAUAAGCUGAGGGUGCUGGUGUCCGAGGACUGCCCGACCAUCAAUGGGGGGACCCUGGCCUUGUCCUCCGAUGAUGACUCCUUACUGGAGAGGGACCAACCGGAGCCUCCGGUCCGCACAGAGCCGUGUGAGAGCUGCCAGCACCGGGGAGAGCGGAGGAGGGACAGGACGGUGAAGAGGAGGCUGUGCCUGGCUGCCCUGCUAUACCUUCUAUUCAUGGGGGCCGAGCUGCUGGGUGGAUACUUUUCUAACAGCCUUGCGAUUAUGACGGAUGCACUUCACAUGCUAACUGAUCUCAGCAGUAUUAUUUUGACCUUGCUCGCACUGUGGCUUUCCGCAAAGUCUCCCAACAAACGUUUCACCUUUGGAUUCCAUCGCUUAGAGGUCCUGUCUGCCAUUAUUAGUGUAUUGUUGGUGUACAUUCUCACAGGCUUCCUGCUCUAUGAAGCGGUGCAGAGGACGAUCCAUAUGGACUACACAAUUAAUGGAGAUGUAAUGUUGAUAACAGCAGCUGUUGGUGUUGCUGUGAACCUCAUAAUGGGGUUUCUAUUAAACCAGACAGGCCAUCCUCAUUCCCACUCGCAUUCUCAUAGUGCUCCAACAAGUUCCUCUCCCAGUCCUCAUGGACACAGCCAUGGUAGCCUUGCAGUGAGGGCGGCAUUUGUACAUGCACUUGGAGAUCUCGCUCAAAGCAUUGGUGUUUUGAUUGCUGCAUACAUCAUCCGAUUCAAGCCAGAAUACAAAAUUGCUGAUCCAAUCUGUACCUACAUAUUUUCUGUACUUGUCAUCGGCACUACUCUGAAGCUUAUACGAGACACCGUGCUUAUAAUACUUGAAGGAGUUCCUAAGCACCUGAAUGUGGAUGAAAUCAAACACGACCUGAUGAAAAUAGAGGAUGUGUACGCUGUAGAAGAUCUUAAUGUGUGGUCACUGACCACAGGGAAAUCUGCUGCCAUAAUUAAUUUACAGCUCAGUCCUGGUUCAACAUCAAAGUGGGAGGAUGUACAAAGCAAAGCCAGGAAGAUACUUCUGAACACGUAUGGAAUGUACAAGUGCUUUAUUCAGAUGCAAAGUUACAGACAAGAAGAGAGCACAUCUUGCGCCACCUGUUCCAGUGCCUAAGUCCUGUGGACUGCUGAUGCCUUGCCACAGACCCAGCAGAAAACAGCAAUAUAUUCGUUCACCUUGAACCCUUUCUAUAGAGGAGACGGUGCCUUCUGCAGCACCAGGGAAGCACACUUUUUAUCAGAGCCUGUGGCGCUACCAGAAAGAAAGGCAAUGCACCAUCGUGAAGUAAUAUAUAGAGACCAAUUUUAAAAUGCUGUUUACAGAUAUAAGCAAGUUUUGCACAUACCUCAGAUUUUAGGGUGAAGAAAUGCCCUGACAAGGAGGAUCCAAAGAACACUAUUUUGGUGAUCAUAUCUAAUGACUAUGUCUUUAUUUGAUAGGACACGUUUCUAAUAAACAGGUGUAUCCGCAUUCAUCACUUGGCCCACAAGAGA